GGCCGGGCCGCGGCGUCACAUGAGGGCGGCGCGGGGGCGAGCCGGCAGCGCGGGUGCCCGAGAGCCGCCGGAGCGCUGCCCGCCGCCGUCCCCGACCCCGUCAGCGAGGGCCCGGCCGCAGCCAUGCUGGCGCUGCUGUCCCGGCUGCUGGACUGGUUCCGCUCGCUCUUCUGGAAGGAGGAGAUGGAGCUGACCCUGGUGGGGCUGCAGUACUCGGGCAAGACCACCUUCGUCAACGUCAUCGCGUCAGGUCAAUUCAGUGAAGAUAUGAUUCCUACUGUGGGCUUCAACAUGAGAAAAGUUACGAAGGGUAAUGUUACAAUAAAGAUUUGGGAUAUAGGAGGGCAACCACGAUUCCGAAGCAUGUGGGAACGAUACUGCAGAGGAGUUAAUGCUAUUGUCUACAUGGUAGAUGCUGCAGAUCGUGAAAAAAUAGAAGCCUCUCGGAAUGAGCUGCACAAUCUUCUAGAUAAGCCACAGUUACAAGGAAUCCCUGUUCUAGUACUUGGAAACAAGAGAGACCUUCCUAACGCUUUGGAUGAGAAACAACUAAUUGAAAAGAUGAACCUUGCUGCUAUUCAGGACAGAGAAAUCUGCUGCUACUCAAUUUCAUGCAAAGAGAAAGAUAAUAUAGAUAUCACGCUUCAGUGGCUUAUUCAGCAUUCAAAAUCUAGAAGAAGCUGAAGUCUUCCUGGAAUCUCCAGUACCAGUUGGCCAUAAUCUCAAUUGUCCACUUCCCUCCAUAACGAGAUAUUACCCAAAAAUCCUGUAAUGAGAAUCUGCCUUUUCACAGUUCAUUUCUCAUGUGCACUGCUGAAGACUUGUAUUCCUAUUAUGUCACAAAACAACUAGAGUUGUCAUAAAGUCAGCACAAAUAUUUAUUUUACAACCAUCUAUGGUGGGAGGGUUGGGGGGGGGGCUUUUUAAACAAAAAAGAUCUCUACCAUGUUAACUAUGAUGGUACACUGUUCUGGUUUUUCAGGGCCAGGUUUUUAUAUGAUUUUCAGCAAGUGUUUUAUUUCUAGUGUUUAGUGGCUUGAAGAUGCUGACGCCUGACAGCAUUGAAAUUCUGUAAGAUGCCACAUACAGUAGUUAGAAAACAUUUAAGCGUGAAUUGUGGGAUACUAAUCUGUCUCACAAAUGCAUGUGAUGUGUGUGUGUUAGCAGAGAAAUGGAAACUGUUUGCAGAGGGGAGCACAAGACACAGAUCAGCAUCACUAAUCUACAGCUGAGAUCUUACCCUGUCACUUAAAAAAAAAAAAAAAACCCAAACCAAACUCUUAUCAUGAAUUAGGGGAGCCGACUGUUUAAAUUCAUUUUGUUGCUUCUGUUUAACAUUUGUCUGGGGGAUAGGAAUGGACUGUUCUGUUAAGCUUUCGAAAAUUGGAGUAUUCCAGCAUGAAAACAAAUUGCUAGGAACAUCAGACUUUGUCCAAACACAUUUUUCUGUCUCCAGAUACUAGUGGUCUCUAUCUGAAACCAGAAUAUACAUUCUGAGCGGCUGCAUGACACUUAAAUUACUGAUGUUUUUGUAGAGAGUCAGUCGUUGGCCUUUAGCACAAUAUCUAUGUAAUUGUCUAGUGUCUCUCCUGCUCAUGAAAUAGCUGGGCACAGUUUCACCUGGUGCUAUGAAACAUCUCGGCUAUUGUGACAACUCUAGACCUGCCUGCUUUCUUGAUGUAACCAUGUGCAAAGUCUGUAAGUUGCAAGAUGAAAUGUUCAACUGUGUCAAAGCACAAGAGAGCCAACGAAUCGAUCCUAUUUCUUGACUAGCUUCUACAGUAUAGGGAAGUAUGUAUAAACUAAAGAUUGUAAUGUUUUUGUAGCUUUACUUUCUCAAUGACUUCAAUAUAUUUAAAGGGACAGACUUGUUAAGACUGGUUUGUUCAUACAGUAAUGUCAGUGUAGCUUGCUAGUGUAUACAAAUACAUGGUACACCUGCUUGUGUUGCCUCACACUGUGUGUGAUUCUUCCUUACCUAACUGUGGAGUUUGCGUUACUCUGGGGUCCUCGGUUGCAAACACUGUUUAGUCCGUAUCAGUUGUGACAAACCAGUUUUAAUUUGGACUGCCAUGGCCUUACUGUUCUGUACCAACUGUCGCACUGUUGCACAGACACUACAUGCUGCCUGCGUUCAGUCUGAACUUGCAUUUAACUUUUUGUCCCCUUUCAGUUCUCUGAAGCAUGAUUUCAAUUAAUUCAUACUCUGGUGCUGUAGAGGAGAGGGUGUAUUAACUUGCUACUGUAGUCCCUAGUUCACCGUGAACUGCUACAGGUACUUUUAUUUAGCAAACUUGCUUGUGCCUAAAAUAUGGAAACUAAACUAGAAUGUGUGGAUCUUUGUGGGGGACCAGGUCACUGUUUAGUUAACUGGCCUAUAGCUAAACUUGAUGUGUUUGGUGUUUAUAUACUUCACUGCUUUCAGCAUUAAUGGCAUCCAAACACUACCAAUUGUUAACCUGUGCAUUAUUCUCUGCAUGUGAACAACUUAUACAAUUACUGAACUUUGUAAAUAUGUGGAUUUUUUUAUUUAGGUGGAUGCAUAUGUUGGUUUACUGCUCUUCAGCUUUAUUCAAUAAACUUAUGUUUUGAGGGUUGUAUUGACAC